UCUAGAUUGUAUUUGACCACGCCCCUUUAUCUCGAUUGCACUGAAAUAUCAACGAUAAAACACCUUUUGGCGACAUGUUGAUUUUUUCACAGGUUCUGUGAAGCCGAUACGGAUUGCUGUCAUUGCUACAAAAUGUCUUUGUAGUUAUCAGGGUGUAGGUCAUUUAAUUGUAUUCUUAUUAACUAAUCCGUGCUAAUUUUCAUAUGUUGAACGUAUUGUAAAAAGGAAGAAGAGGAUCCACUCCGCCCGAGUCGAGGGUAGCGAUGCGAGUAGUAUCGUAUUUGUGGAGGUAAUAUCUGUGUGGUUGUGCGUGUGAAGAUGGCCCACUGAGCGGGCACGACACCACGGCUUCGUCAGUGACGGGCGGAGCGCGGGGAGCGGAGUCUCCUUCGCAGGCCAACCAAGACACCGUGGAUAACGCCACCCCCACCUGCUGGUGGGCAGCUUGGUCUGCCAUGGGGUGUUUCGGGUCGCCCAGCGGCAAAAGUGGAGCCGACGGCGGCGACCCCAGAGAGCAGAAACGGCGCAGCGAUGCAAUCACACGACAACUGCAGAAGGAUAAGCAGCUUUACCGCGCGACACACCGGUUACUGCUACUAGGCGCCGGCGAGUCCGGCAAGUCCACGAUAGUGAAGCAAAUGCGCAUCCUCCACGUCAACGGGUUCUCGGACAAGGAGCGGCGCGAGAAGAUCGAGGACAUCAAGAAAAAUAUACGCGAUGCGAUACUUACAAUCACGGGUGCCAUGAGCACCCUGACGCCGCCGAUACCGCUGGAGAAACCUGAGAACAAGCACCGCGUCGACUAUAUACAGGAUGUAGCCUCCCAGCCAGACUUCGACUACCCGAUGGAGUUCUAUGAGCACACGGAGGCUCUGUGGAAGGACCAGGGCGUGCAGCGCACGUACGAGCGCAGCAACGAGUACCAGCUCAUAGACUGCGCCAAGUAUUUCCUGGACCAGGUGCACACAAUAAAGCAGCCCUCGUACACGCCCACGGAGCAGGACAUCCUGCGCUGCCGAGUCCUCACCUCGGGCAUAUUCGAGACGCAGUUCGUCGUCGACAAAGUCAAUUUCCAUAUGUUCGACGUGGGCGGGCAGCGCGACGAGCGGCGCAAGUGGAUCCAGUGCUUCAACGACGUGACGGCCAUCAUCUUCGUGACGGCCUGCUCCUCCUACAACAUGGUGCUGCGCGAAGAUCCCACGCAGAACCGCCUGAGGGAGUCCCUAGACCUGUUUAAGAGCAUAUGGAACAAUAGAUGGCUGCGCACGAUAUCGGUGAUCCUGUUCCUGAACAAGCAGGACCUCCUGGCGGAGAAGGUGCUCGCCGGCAAGUCGCGGAUCGAGGACUACUUCUCCGAGUUCACGCGUUACCAGGUUCCCCCGGACGCGGCGCCGGACUCGCGCGAGCACCCGGAAGUGGCGCGAGCCAAGUAUUUCAUACGGGACGAGUUCCUUCGCAUCAGCACGGCGUCAGGCGACGGCAAGCACUACUGCUACCCGCACUUCACGUGCGCCGUCGACACCGAGAACAUCAAACGCGUGUUCAACGACUGCCGCGACAUCAUCCAGCGCAUGCACCUGCGGCAGUACGAGCUGCUCUAACUGAUACAUCACA